GUGUUGUUUCUCGAGCAGCGGCAGUUCUCACUACAGCGCCAGGACGAGUCCGGUUCGUGUUCGUCCGCGGAGAUCUCUCUCAUCUCGCUCGGCUGCGGGAAAUCGGGCUGAAGCGACUGAGUCCGCGAUGGAGAAAACUUUAGAAACUGUUCCUUUGGAGAGGAAAAAGAGAGAAAAGGAACAGUUCCGUAAGCUCUUUAUUGGUGGCUUAAGCUUUGAAACCACAGAAGAAAGUUUGAGGAACUACUACGAACAAUGGGGAAAGCUUACAGACUGUGUGGUAAUGAGGGAUCCUGCAAGCAAAAGAUCAAGAGGAUUUGGUUUUGUAACUUUCUCAUCCAUGGCUGAGGUUGAUGCUGCCAUGGCUGCAAGACCUCAUUCAAUUGAUGGGAGAGUAGUUGAGCCAAAACGUGCUGUAGCAAGAGAGGAAUCUGGAAAACCAGGGGCUCAUGUAACUGUGAAGAAGCUGUUUGUUGGCGGAAUUAAAGAAGAUACUGAGGAACAUCACCUUAGAGAUUACUUUGAGGAAUAUGGAAAAAUUGAUACCAUUGAGAUAAUUACUGAUAGGCAGUCUGGAAAGAAAAGAGGCUUUGGCUUUGUUACUUUUGAUGACCAUGAUCCUGUGGAUAAAAUCGUAUUGCAGAAAUACCAUACCAUCAAUGGUCAUAACGCAGAAGUAAGAAAGGCUUUGUCUAGACAAGAAAUGCAGGAAGUUCAGAGUUCUAGGAGUGGAAGAGGAGGCAACUUCGGCUUUGGGGAUUCGCGUGGUGGCGGUGGAAAUUUCGGACCAGGACCAGGAAGUAACUUUAGAGGAGGAUCUGAUGGAUAUGGCAGUGGACGUGGAUUUGGGGAUGGCUAUAAUGGGUAUGGAGGAGGACCUGGAGGUGGCAAUUUUGGAGGUAGCCCCGGUUAUGGAGGAGGAAGAGGAGGAUAUGGUGGUGGAGGACCUGGAUAUGGCAACCAGGGUGGGGGCUACGGAGGUGGUUAUGACAACUAUGGAGGAGGAAAUUAUGGAAGUGGAAAUUACAAUGAUUUUGGAAAUUAUAACCAGCAACCUUCUAACUACGGUCCAAUGAAGAGUGGAAACUUUGGUGGUAGCAGGAACAUGGGGGGACCAUAUGGUGGAGGAAACUAUGGUCCAGGAGGCAGUGGAGGAAGUGGGGGUUAUGGUGGGAGGAGCCGAUACUGAGCUUCUUCCUAUUUGCCAUGGAUCUUUUAGAUGCUGCUUCUUCAAUGCAAGGAAAGGAAAUAACCCCAGCGAGGUACUCUUCAGGGACACAGGUCUAGUACAAGAGAACUCUUGACGGCUACUAAGUUCAGCCAGUCUUAAAAAACUGUGCUGUUUCUACAAAACUUUAACUACAGUAGUUUAUAAGGAUGCCAACGAAAGCUGAGGGUGUAGAGCAAAAUAGUUCUAAGCUUCAGUUAAACUUCUUUAGGUAAGAUCUUAUUUACUUUUCCUUUCUUAAUUUUCCUCCCUAAAAGAUAAACUAAUACUCUUAAAUGGUCUUUCAGUAUAGUGGUUCUUACGUAGUUUAACAUAGCUAUAAAUUGAGUUUAACAAUUUAUAAACUCAAGAGAAUAAUUUUUAUAAACCCUGUCUUCCAAUCUGUCAUUUAAAUUAUUUUGGUUGUUUUUCCCUUUUUUUCCUUCUUUUCCCACCCCCUCCCCCUCCAUGUGAAGAUUUGGGUGCUUAACAUAUCAUUUUUUUCCCUGCUGGAAUUUUAGCAUUGAUAUGAACCAUGGACAAGUAUAUUCUGCUGCCACAAAGACUGUAAAGUGCUUCAUUUCAACAGCUGAGGCAAGCCAAGUGAUCAUUAAUAAAGCUUUUCUUGGUUCCUUCAGUGGUGUUGGUAGUAAAAUGGUAGGUAAAAGUUAGGCUGCAAGUUCAAUAAAUCAUGAGAUUUCCCAUCGUUACACCCUUGUGUAUUCACAUUUCUUGGAUCAAACAUUUUGAGUGAACCUAGGGGUUUUUAAUUAAAGACAUUUGUUGUAUUUAUGGUUGUAACUGUACAUGCUUAUCAGGAUGAGACUGAGAAGGUAGGGCAAAAAUGGUUGAAUCUAUUUUCAGAUAGUAGUUCAUACUUGAGUGAAGUGUCUUGUCUACAUUAUGAAGCCUGUAUGUAUCCAUCCAGUACUAAAUAGGUGGGUUAAAUGUGGUAAUUCUAGUUCAGUGUCUUACCCAGAAGAGAAAGUUGUAGGUUGGCUGUUGAAAUUCAUUCCUUAGAUAUCAUCAGUUUGAUUGCCCGGCUUUAUUGCCUUAACAGGAAUGUGAUACUCAGAGCUUACUCUGCUAUAUACACCAGUGAGUCGUCUUUGAUCCUAAGACCACCACUGAAGUUGUUUAGGUUCUUUUGGACAAACAUGAUAAACUUCUUCAGAUACUUUUUUUUUCCUUUGGCAGGAAGGUGUCUUGCUGCAGGUAACUAAUGAAGAAGUGGUCAACCACAGAGUCUUCAAGAAAUAAGAAAUUCUGUACCAUCUGAAAGUAGUUCUUGUUGGUGCCUUCAUUUAAAAAGCACUCUUUAAAAUAAAAGGGAAAUGUUUUCUGAUAAAACAAACAUUUAGUUGAGGUUCUUGAUAUAAAACAAUUACAAAAUGAGUGUUGUUUGUAAAACAGUAACAUCAAAUUGGCUAGAGAGAUAAAUGUAUCAUGUUUUAAAUUAGGUUUUGUGAGUAGACAGAUUACAAUUCUAUUUUAAAUAUAAAGUUUAUAAAAUAAAUACUUUUUGUAUCCAAAUAUUUGGUGUAAUGUUUACACAUAAAAUGUGUGAAUCUUGUUCUAUAAACAUUUGGUUGUCUAAAAGAUCACCAUCCCCCAAAUUUUUUAAAGCAGUUUCACAAAGCUAUGCAUAUUUUCUUUUAAUAUUAACAGAUAAAUGAGAAGAGCAUUGUGGACAUUAUUGGCUGUCCCCAAUAAAAUGCUGUUCAUUAUGCACUGUA